AUGGGAAUAUUAAACACCUGGCUCGAUACCUCUCCGCCAAUAUGGUCAGAUAAACUCACCGAAUCGGUUCAACCCUACAGCGAUAAGACGUCUCCGCUUGACUUCUACCCAGUUCCCAUUGCUGUCACACAUUCCGCGAACGAUUCUGCUUCGUUCAUUCGACCUGUGGCACCGGAGAGGAAAGAUGACACUAUCCCAUCCAUGUUCGCACGGCAGAGGGAGGCUCAAGAACUUCCUGCAACACAAAGGAGCCAACAUAUCGCGUCAUCACCAGCAGGUCCCAGCCAGCAGGGGGAGAGUUCUGGCACCUGUGUCCCGCCAGAAGUUAUCACUGUUUCUGACGACUCUGAGGAGGGAUCAGUCGAGCGUGACGAUCCGAAGGGUAAGAAGAAGGCAACAUCAAAGAGCUAUCAUGUGAAGGCUAAGUUCCAACUUACAUCAACAGGGAAGCAAAGGCACGACCGAUCGCAAGGGUCUAGCCUGAGAGGUGAGGGCUCGGGCACGCAUGUCGCCACUUCCGAACUUGAAGCCAAUGAUAACUCAGACAUUGAGGAAGGCAAUAUCGAAAAGUUCUCGUGCCAAGGUCAGUUCCUUACUAAACUGUUAAGGCUGGACCCUCGAAAUUUCCCGAUAUACAGAGGCGCAAGCAUAGCGCAUCGCCACAGCGAGUCCAGCCACAAGCGGAAAUGUUUCGGCAAACGUGUCUUCACCUCUGAAGCCGACGAUCUUUCGAAUGUUGAGACAGUUGAGCCUGUUGAGGAUCUCAGGAGCAAGAAGAAGCCAACGCCAAAGACCUCCCGUGCCAAGUCUGGGCCCUCGAAAUCUAUCUCAACCAUGAAGAGGAAGCCCAGUGAACCACUACAAGAGGGGUCCAGCCAGCAGGGCAGGCAUUCCAGCGGACAUAUCGUCAUUUCUGAGGACCAUGAUGACUCGGCCGUUGCGUUGGUCGAGAACAUUGGCAAUCCUAAAAGUAAACAGAAGGAGACAUCGAAGAAGGUGGCUGUGCUAUCCAAACGCACCUCCUCAACAAGGAAGGGAAAUCACGGCUCGUCUCCUCAACCCGAGGCAGAGUUGGCGGAUGCUACUUCUAGCGCAUAUUCUCUCACUUCCGGAAGGGAGCCCGUUGAUGAUGACUCCGAUGAGGAGGUUGCGCCCACAGAUGAUCCCAAGGGUAAGAAGAAAGUGACAACAAGGGCCUCUCGUUCUACGGCAAUGCGGGGCCAAUCUACUAUUCCACUAGAUAGGGAGUAUGUUCGAUCUAGCUCAAUAGGAUUAAUGGGUUUCUGGCCUGACCUGACGGAAGGACAAGUGCAAUGGGUAGCCUACAAGAAUGAUAAAGCAUGCUAG